UAAAGUCAUGUUUCAUCGUGUUUCAUGUAUUAUAUAGUUACUAGGUACUUGCUGUUAAAGUUUAUACCUAUUUAUUACUAGUCGAUGGAAUUAUCUUAUUAAUUACAGUAGUGAUUAAACUGCUCUGGAUUGUGGUAGUAUUAAUUUUUAGACAGUGACAUAAUGUGUUAAUUUAUUGAGUGUUAAGUAUUAAAAUAUAUUGUGUUAGUGUUCGCUUCUUCAAUCUAGAAGGUUUAACCAUGGCACCGAAUUUUAGUAAAAUUACUUCAAGGACAGAUGUAAAAAUUGCGUUAGCGGCAUCUGCCGCUCUUGGUGCAUGGAUUGUAAAGAACUCUAUAAAAUCAAGUCAGAAGAAAAAUGCUAAACCAAGCAGUCUGACAUUAGAGGAGAGUGUACAAUACAUGAUAAAGGACAAAGACAAGAAAGGGCCAAGAGCACAAGUUAACGCAAAGUUCUUCAAUGAGCUCAAGGUGCUAUGGAAGAUUAUGGUGCCCGGUGUAUGGUCCAAGGAGAGUGGAUUCAUGGUGAUGAUAGCACUGUCGCUUAUAGCCAGGACUAUGUGCGAUUUGUGGAUCAUACAGCAUACAACCUUUAUAGAAGGAUCUAUUAUCACAAUGAACAAGCCAGAAUUCAAAAAGCUUCUCACACAAUUCUUCAUGGCGAUGCCAUUGAUUUCCCUUGUUAAUAAUGUGUUAAAAUGGAGCAUAGGAGAAAUCAAGCUGCGAAUAAGAACAAAUCUGUCUUUGCAUCUCUACGAACAAUAUUUGAAAGGUUUCACGUACUACAAAGUGACGAACCUCGACAAUCGGAUAUCGAACGCCGACCAGCUGCUGACCACAGAUAUCGAGAAGUUCUGCGACACGGUCAUAGAUCUGUACAGUUACAUCAGCAAGCCGCUGCUCGAUAUAUCGAUAUAUUUGUACCGAUUGACCGUCAAUUUGGGACCUUCAACGCCUGGCUUAAUGAUGGCGUACUUAUUUGCAUCUGGAAUGUUCUUGACGUAUUUGCGGCGGCCUACAGCUCGAAUGACGGUCCAGGAGCAGAAAUUAGAAGGCGAAUAUAGAUUUGUUAAUUCAAGACUUAUUACUAAUUCUGAAGAAAUUGCUUUCUAUCAAGGUAACAGACGGGAACAGUUGACUCUACUAUCAAGUUUCUACAAACUAACGCGGCAUUUGAGGAAUUUCCUCAACUUCCGCGUUGGAAUGGGCUUCAUAGACAACAUUGUUGCUAAAUAUGUGGCGAUUGUUGUCGGUUUUUACGCUGUAUCUCGACCGUUCUUCGUGAAGGAUCAUAAUUUACUCACCACUGGCUCAGAACAAGAUAGAUUUAGGCACUACUACACAUACGGUCGUAUGUUAGUCAAAAUGGCGGAAGGUAUCGGUCGCUUAGUUCUCUCCGGGCGAGAGAUGAGCAAAUUAGCUGGACUUACAGCAAGAGUCACUCAACUUAGAACAGUGUUAGCGGAUGUCAAUAAGGGCAAUUAUGUACGGACCAUGGUGGAUAGACAGCCUAAUGGCAGUGUAAGCUCAAGUCCGCUUUCUUUAACUCCGGGAGGUGGUAGAAUCAUCUACCAAGACAAGAUCAUUCGAUUCGACAGAGUACCGCUUGUUACUCCUAAUGGAGAUGUACUGAUAAAGGAACUUUCCUUUGAAGUCAAGUCAGGUAUAAACGUGCUAGUGUGCGGGCCGAACGGUUGCGGCAAGUCGUCCAUGUUCCGCAUGCUCGGCGAGCUGUGGCCGAUCUUCGGCGGGACUCUCACCAAGCCGCCGAAGGGCAAGCUGUUCUAUGUGCCGCAGAGACCGUAUAUGACUCUGGGCACUUUUAGGGAUCAGAUAAUCUACCCGCAAACGCGCGAAGAGAUGGUCCGUCGCGGGCGUACAGACGCUGAGCUCAGCAGAUUCCUAGAUAUCGUGCAACUGUCGUACUUGAGUACAAGAGAAGGGGGAUGGGAUGCUGUGGAAGAUUGGAUGGAUGUGCUCUCCGGGGGCGAGAAGCAGAGGAUAGCUAUGGCGCGUUUGUUCUACCACGAGCCGCAGUUCGCCAUUUUGGACGAGUGCACGAGCGCCGUGUCCGUUGACGUUGAGGGACAAAUGUACCAAUAUUGUAGAGAGAUGGGCAUAUCCCUAUUCACGGUGUCUCACCGCAAGUCUCUAUGGAAGCAUCACGACCACUACUUGCAAAUGGACGGUCGUGGCGGUUAUGUGUUUGGAGAAAUUGAUAAUAGCACGCAGGAGUUUGGAUCGUGAUCGCGAUAAGAAAUAAUUAGCCAAUACCGUUGUUUAAUAAAUGACUAGACUCGCAAUAUCAAAUUGUCCGAAACUAAACUCUGCUU